AUGAAGUACCUAAAUACAUACGGAAAGCACAAAACAAAGCUGUCCGCCUGGGUGUCCAUCCAGGACCGUGACCGAAAGCAGGUCUUUGACAGCACUUCAUCGGAGUCCUCUGUGCAACAGGCCCCGAAACCAAGGCGGAAAAGUCAUAGAAAAACAACUGUUAAGCGGAGGAAAGCCACAAAAACACUCCCGACCAGUGAUGACGAGGAGGAGGAUGACGUUUUUACACAUGCUGUGCCUCCUUCACGAUCCACCGCUCGGCCGAAACCAAUUGGACGUCCAAUUCGAGCUGGUAAAAGAAAACCUCUGGUCCAAAGUGUGAGCAGUGAUGAAGAAAAUGUGGCACCCACUCAAAACAUCAGGAGGGGCAGGAGAAAAAAGCCCAUAAGCAACAAUGAUGACAUCCCAGAUAGAAACAAGUGUCCGCUGGUUUCCUAUCAGAGCAGUGGCUCCAAGUCAAGAUCAAGUGAGAAAGAAAAAACAACACAUCACAAUACAAUUCUAAAGGACUCAAUUGUUGGUCCCUCUGCAGGACGUUUUGUUACUCGUAGGAGAUUUGCAGUUUCAUCAAAGGCCCGUCUGCUUUCUCUUAACUCCUCUGAAGACUUCGUCCCAUUGAAACGUACCAAAAUUAAACAUACAUCGCAAGAGAACAUAUCAGACAGAAGUGUAUCUGUAUUGGGUAGGGUGAGUGACGGCAAAAUGGAUCGCCUCAAAGAGAACAGAGAUACGAUGUGGAGAAACGAGACCUCUGCCUGUUCCAAUAACGAGCCUAGCAAGAAAAGACGGAAAAUAUCCUUGGCUUCUGAAGAGCGAGCCUGUGGAACCCAGCGACCUGGAACAACCAGAAAAGCUUGUGUUAGUGGACUGAGUGUGAAGCGAUGGAAAAGCAGAGAUGCCUUCACUGCUUCCUUUGGACAAAGAGGAGGCACCAAGACGAUGGACUGCAGUAUCAAUGAUCUGAUGCCACGACAACACAGGCAGCCAAUGGAUUUCACUACCCCAAUCAAAGGCCACAAUCUCAACCUGUCUUCUCUGUUGGCUGAAUUGACUCCCAGUACACACACCUGGAGUCGCCUCAAAGCUGCGCUCUCGGUUCAUCGCAAAGUAAUUUGUACCCCAAAGACUCCUGGAGCUAGCAUGUGUUCAAGGAAGGUUUUGGAGGCCUUCAGCCCGGAUCUUUUUACAACUCCAGUCCGAACUACGCGGUCACAGCUGAUUACUCGUGAAUCUCAGCUUGUGCUGGACGAAGACAUGUCCGAUGCAGAGAAGGUGUGUGCCGAGUGCAGCCAGCAGGGUCCUCUGGCCUGGGACCAGUGUCUUCUGCCUCAGCGCAUAAAACAAUGUGUAAAAAUUGGGGAAGGCACUUUCGGAGAGGUCUUCUCUACAACUAGUGGAAAGCCUGAUGGAGAGAUUGUUGCCCUCAAAGUUAUACCAGUAGAGGGCAGUGAGAAGGUAAAUGGUGAGGAGCAGAAGACCUUCGGCGAGAUUUUACAUGAAAUUAUUAUCUCCAAAGAGCUGAGCUGCCUAAAGGAGAAGGAAAACAAUCAGACCAGUGGCUUUAUUGGUCUCAGAGAUCUCCACUGUGUGAAGGGGGCUUACCCUCCAGAGUUUCUGAAGGCGUGGGACAAGUUUGACAAAGUAAAAGGCUCAGAGAACGAUAGGCCGGAUUUCUUUGGGGAUAAUCAGCUGUUCAUCAUUCUGGAGUUUGAGUUUGGAGGAACGGAUCUAGAGAACAGCAAUGGGGUGUUGCCAUCCAUCAUAGCUGCAAAGGGGAUUCUGCACCAAGUCACAGCUGCCUUGGCUGUUGCUGAGCAGGAGCUGCAAUUUGAACACCGGGACCUUCACUGGGGGAAUGUGCUGGUUAAAGUCACUAAGGAGAAGACUGCAGAAUUCAAACUUAACGGCAUGUCCCACUCUCUAGAAACUAAAGGAGUGCUUGUCCGCAUCAUAGACUAUUCACUCUCCAGGUUGGAAAUAGAUGAACUCACUGUGUCCUGUGACAUUUCCAAUGAUGAGGAGCUUUUCAUGGGUCAGGGCGAUUACCAGUUUGACAUCUAUAGACUAAUGAGACAGGAAAAUAACAACGAGUGGGACAGUUACAACCCUCACUCCAAUGUCCUGUGGCUCCACUACCUGUGCUCCAAGCUGUUGCACAUGAAGUAUCGCAGGUCGGCGGGGAAGCGUAACAAGGACGAGCUGAAGAGUUUCUAUGACAACGUCCUGCAGUUCCGCUCUGCCACAGAGGUUCUCUGGAACAGCCCCCUCUUUCAGUGA